CGGGUAACAGUGUGGAGAGAAGGACGAGCUGAGGAAUGUGACCCUCCCCUGUUCGUACCAUCGCGCCGCUGGAGAGAAGGGCGGGGGCAAAGAGGGGGACCCACGCGGACUCAGACUGCACAGGAAGUAUUGCAGAGACAGAAGGGGUGGCUCCAGACCACCCCCCCCGCUCCAGGUACCCACACACUCAUGUAGUCCACCCAUUGGUUCAGGCUGUGACCCUGGAAUUCCACUGUAAUACCCUUGUCAUUAGAGAGAAACAAAAACACAGUUCUCCAUAAAUAAGUGCCAUUUCAGCAAGUGACACCUCUUCAUUCUACAGGAGAAAAAAACUACAGGUGAGCCUAACAUAUUAAUUAAAUGAGAACAAAAUGUUAGGAAGGACAAGACUGUGCUUGAGUUUUCCCAGUAAUUAGUGCCCGAAUUCCGGAACGGGUUUCUGAAUCUUUGUUUCAUCCUACAGGUCCUAUGAAGGACUGUGCCUUCAUUGUAACCUCCAUCAGAAAUGCCUCCUUUCUCAGUGAAAAUCCAGCCAUUGGAUUAAGGGCAAAAGUAAUGUGCAGAGUAGAACUUCUAUAAUGCUCUGUAUUGUAGAAUUCUACCUACAGGCUAUAAUACUCUAUAUUAUAGGAACUCUAAAUACAGACUGCUUCAACACACUUGAAAUCAGCACAUGUUUAAAACUGAUGCAAAGAGAUGCAUGUUUGGUCAUUUUGUUUGUUUAAUCUCUUUGAACAGCCAGAUCAAGUAGCUAAGAAGCCUCGUUCCAGCUUUUCUGUAAAAACUGAGUCAUGAUGAGUGCUUUCUCUAACAAUUGUAGUGUUGGGACACACGCUUCACUUUUUGCCAUAGACCAAGUAUUGUUCUCUCUCCUUAUUAUUAUGUUGCAGGAAAGAUUGUUUCAUGUGUAAUGAAAAGCUAGUGUCCAGAAGAUCACUGCGGCCAGAUCCCAAUUUUGAUGCCCUCAUCAGUAACACUUGUCCAACUUCAGAUGUAUCUGAAGCUCAUUAGGAGGGAAUGCUAGCAAGAAUGAGCUAACACAAUACCAGCAAGCUUUCAGUCACAGCGUUAAGGAAGAAUAAAGAGGAGGCUGGGGGCAGGUGUCAGGGAAUCGUCCCCCACUGUGAUGGUGCCCACAGCAAGGGACAGAGCUCUGCGCCUGCCCUGGGAGGACUCUCACCCUCCUGAGCUGCCCAACAGGAUGUGCUCACUGAGAGAGGUGGCUACACUGCAGCUUCGCUGCCACGGUUGCACCCAAAUAGACCCUGCUCUCCCCAGAUGAGGUGCCCCAAGCAGCCCUGGUGCAGCACAUCACAAGACAAGGGGACCCUCCACCCAGCAUCACGAGUCCAUGAAGUUGCAGUGCCCCACCUUGCUGUGCUGUGCCGUGAGGUCAUAAGGCCCAUCUGUGACAUCUGCCCCAUGCUAGAGGAUCACUCUGUGCCUGCCCUGACAGCAGCACUUGCUGUGGCUGCAGCAGCUGUGGUGGCAGCAUGGCACGAGUGUGGGGGUCCGUGGCCCCUGUCGGUCUCGUCGUCAUCCUCCUACUUACCGGCAUGUGUUCCCAGGAGAGCUAUGCUGCUCCGUGGCGAGCACCGGGAGCAGAUGAUGCCUUUGGUGUUCCCUCUCCAGAUGCUCAUCUGGAUCCAGAUUUUGCGCCUCAGGGGAAACCCAGAGGCCCUCUUGGUCAAUCUGCAGAGUGGAAUCCUGACCCUGAGCCUGGUAUGGAUGCUGGAGAAGUGCCCCCAGGGAAGGCCUUGCCAAGUCCUCGGCUCUUUCCUGUGCUGGAGCCCCGCUGGAAUCCCAGGGGUCUGGAAAAAGGAAAGGAUGCAUCUAGAAGAGGAAAAUACUCACAGAGGUCAUCUCGUGUGCUAAAGGAACUGCUGAAGGAAAUGGAGAAGGCAGCGCGUGGGACUGACCAACAAACUGCACAGGACGUGCUGCAGGAAGGCAGCCAUCCCACGCUGCCAGUCUGGGACAGAGAAACACAGACAGCGCCAACAACUGGCAUGCCAGGGAUGAAUGCUGGGAAAAACACAAGGGCUGCGGUUCAGGAGUUUGUACAAGUGCUCUUCUUCCCAGUGAUUGCACUGCUUUUAACAGUGCUGCUGUCUGCGCUGGUGAUGACUUGUACUGCUGUGUCAUGGAUGUGGCAAAAAUAUCCAGUGUGCAAGAGAGCAGAGACAACUCCAGGACAAGCUCAUCCUGACAGUGUGCGGGAGAGAGGCCAGUCUGGAGGUGAAGGCAGAGCGGAGCUGGGAGAGGCAACAAAAGAUGAUGUAGUUGCCCAAGAAAACAAGAACUUGUACAGCGGAUCCAGCCCGUUCCCCUCCUCCUUUGAAGCAGAGUUUGAAUACCUGUGCAGCAAAAUCCGCACAGACCCUUCACUUUGGCCCACGUGUCCCAGCAGCUCUCCCAUGGACAGUGUCUCUUCCCCAGAUACCCGUGGUUCUUGGGGUUCCCCAUAGCCAUCUAGUGCCCCGGUUACCUGUGUCAGCAUGGCUGGGGUUCCCUGGAAGACCCCGCUUUCUGAGUAAUAAAGACACCCUGUGCAAAA